UUAAGUCAUCACUCAAAGUGUUUGUUAUUCAAGUGUUUACGGUAUAUUAUUUAUUAAAUAUUAAUUUUAUUGAUUAUAUUUUUUGUUUUGUUGAAUAUUCUAACCAGAAAAAAUUUUCAAGAAACAAAAAGCACCAGUUUUGGGAAAGGUACCCGAAAACCGGUGAAUCGUAAUGCUGCUAAACGUAGUACACGUGAUCAGAAUUAUUCAUAUCAAAACAAUAUGGAUGAUAGUCCACAAUUAAGAACGCAUAUAUUUUUUGCACCAACACGUUCCAGUUACAGUUUCAAUCAACACGAGUACGAAGAACCAAAAUGUGGUCCAGUUUUAACUUCAUUAACAUUAAUACCAUCAUCAGGGACAAUGAGUUCGUCCGAAAACGAACCGCCACAGCCGUUAGUGGUACGUGGCCCCGCCGAUUCAUUACCAUGGCCAGAGUAUUCCAAUAGUACAAAAUCAACAAAUAUCGAUUUUCCAACAUCGAUAUCAUCCGGUGGUGGUGGAAGCCGACAACAAUCCGUUAGUUUUCGUUCCGAUACCGGUGGUGCAUUGAUGAAACAAAGUCGAAGUGAACCAAUAUCAUUAUCAACAUUAGAUCGUGAUUGUUUUAUAAUUCCUGUACAACGACUUGAUCGUUUCUUACCAGCUGGUUUGCCUGUCCCAUUAACUGUUCCAGGAGGUACAGCCGUUCCAGAAAAAAUUGCAAGUCCAACAUCUACAACAUCCAGCGGUAACAUAAGUGUACUAGAAGUAUCUGAUCCAAAAUUAUGUGUGUUAGCACAUCUAAUGAGUCCACUUGAACCAAUAGAUCCCGUUCUAGAAACACCGUUAACACAACCAUUAACAAAGCAACGUCAAGUCGCAAUUGAAUUAUUAAAUGAGGUGGCACAAGCAAAAAACGCAUUGGGUGGAAUGCUCUUAUCAAACAUGGAACGAAAUGCUGAAUUUCCUUUUAUUUCAUACUAUUUGGUAAACAGUGCUCAAACGGAUCCAUCAGCAUUCUACAAUCAAUUACGUGUAUCCAGUCUAAGUAAAUUUGAUCCACGCGUACUACGUUACACAGCCGCUCAUACAUUAGAUUUAUACAGUGAAGUAGCAGCAAUAUGUCGACCACCGUUACAAGAUCCCGGUACAGGUUUAACCCGAUCCCAUACACCAUACACCGGUUACAUAAUAUCCGUAUAUAAAGUAUUUGAUGGUGAUGAUCGUGAGAAAUUCGAACGUAAUUGGUUAUAUUGGACAGGUGCCCGUAUGUUAUAUAGAUAUUUACCAAAAAGUGCUGGUUUAAAACGUAUCGCAUUACAUAAAUCAUUAAGUACAAAGGGUGAUAAAAUGUACUUAUUGGUUUGUGAAUGUGCAACAUUAUUACAAGAUGUGUCUGCUACAGCGUUGUUAAUACCAGCAUUACGUGCCCGAUUAUGUGGCUAUACUGGAUUAUAUCGACCGAUUCAAUCAUUUUAAAGAUAAUAAUUAGCAGUAGAUAAUAAUAAUAAUGAUAUUUCAAUACUUGGCAUAAAUAUACCAUGGUUCAAUUGUUAAAUUUUUAUUUUAAACUAAGCAAAAUCAAUAACGCCACAUUUUUAUGAAAUAAUUACACAAUAUAAAAAUGAAUUUUUGUUAACUUCAAGUUUCGACAUAGUUAUUGAAAUAAAUACCGCGAUACUCGAAAUCAAAU